GGACAAACCAUAUAAAAUGUGUAACACUUGUAAGAAAAUACUCCUGAAGAACAAUGACUUCUCCAAUGAUUAAAAUUUUGAUAGCUAUGUUACUUGCGACCUUAUCGUUUCAAGCAUCAGGACAAUUCAUGGAAUGGUGUAUAGCUGAUGAGCAGACUCCAGAUGAUGAGCUGCAGAGGGCAAUGGAUUGGGCUUGUCAUGUGGGAGGAGCAGAUUGCAGCAAGAUACAAGUGAACCAGCCCUGUCACCUUCCAAAUACUGUGAAGGACCAUGCCUCCUAUGUCUUCAACAAUUACUAUCAGAAGUUCAAGAACAAAGGAGGAUCUUGCUAUUUCAACUCUGCUGCAAUAACCAGUGAUCUUGACCCAAGUCAUGGACAAUUUAUGGAAUGGUGCAUAGCUGAUGAACAGACCCCAGAUGAUGUGCUGCUGAGGGCAAUGGAUUGGGCUUGCCAUGUGGGAGGAGUAGAUUGCAGCAAGAUACAAGUGAAUCAGCCCUGUUUCCUUCCAAAUACAGUGAAGGAUCAUGCCUCCUAUGUCUUCAACGAUUACUAUCAGAAGUACAAGCACAAAGGAGGAUCUUGCUAUUUCAACUCUGCUGCAAUAACCAGUGAUCUUGACCCAAGCCAUGAUUCUUGCAAGUUUGAGUUUAUCCCUUGAAUGAAGUUUGGAGUAAUAUAUUUUCGCAAAGUGAAGACAAUAAUGAAGUCCAUGAAAUGUUCUGUCUGUGUAUCUUAUAUUGUUGUAAAAUG